AUGUCCACAAAUCCCAACGUUUCUCCUCCAAAGAACUUCUUCCCUUUCAGCUCUUCUUCUAAUGCUCUCAAUGCCUCACCUGCCUCUGCCACUGCCUCUUCUUUCUCCUUCCCCUGCCUUCUCCUCGCCUUUACACACAUAUAUAUCAAAAGUGCUUACCUUGUCAUCCAUGAACUUGGCCCAGAACAGAGCCAGAGCUUUUUGAUAGGGAUCGUGAGGCAAAAGGGGGUUUUCCUUCCAAGUCUCGUCAAUGUACUGAAGGAUAACAAUGGACUCUGCAAUGGGCUUGCCGGCAUGGACGAAGGUGGGCACCUUCUUGUAAACAGGGUUAUAUUUUAGAAUCAAAUCGCUCUUCUUCUUGUAUAUUUGUUCUUCAAUGUAAUCAUAUUGAAUACCCUUUAGUUUCAGAGCCAAUUCUACUCGUCGGCUGAAAGGACUGAACCAUGCCCCAAACACCUCCACUUUUUCUCCCAUUUCACCUUUCCUCUGCCAUUUCCUCUUUCUUUCAUUCCUUUUAUAGCAGCUCCUAAAUGAGUAUUCUAUAUGUCGUAAGCCCAUGCGACAUCAAAGUGGGUAUUCAAAAUGGGUUUGUCUUUGACUUUGAGAUGUCAGCUUGUUGUUUAGUUGGUAGAGAGGUAGGUUUUUGUGAGCAGGUAGAUUGCAUGAUUUAGGGUAUUUUCAUCUCUACUUUCUUUCUUAAAGGAUAGUUUUGGUUAGUUUUUGGACAAUCCUUUAGUUUGAUUUUGAAGGUAUACACCCGCUAUCCAAUACGGUGUCCGUAAAUGAUAUGGGUAUUCGAGACAAUGCCUUGAUUGAACCUAGAUGAAUAGAUGUUUGGGAUGUUUCGAGAUUAUGAACGAUAUGUGGGCUCAUUCUCGAUGACAUGACUAAGUGAGCUGCGAUGGCCAAUGAUACCUUGUGACUUGGGAUGACGUCAAGACCUAUGAGCUAUGUCGAUUGGGAAUCAA